UGCCAUAAGAGGGAGUCAAGUUUCUUAAAUGCACCGUUUUCUCCCGCUGCACAAACAGAACUCCAGAGCACACUGACCGGACACAGGGGGGGGGGAAUAUUGCCUGAUUAUUUUCUCCCGUAGUGGCUGUCGGGAAAACUCAUAUCUGCGGUUGGAUAGUGAGUCGGUCGGUCAGUUCGCCCCUUCAGCAUUCACCCGCAACUUCGCCUGUCCGCCGCAGCUGAAGAACAAGGUGGUUCAUGAUCACCAGGAAGCUCUUGGGUUUUUCAUACCUGGAUUAACUCGCAGGCGACGAGAUUGUUUUCUUGUGCUUUUACUCUUUUGUAACGGGGAGACUUUUUCUCUGUCAGAAUGUUGUGGAAAUUAGCUGACAACGUCAAGUAUGAGGAUGACUGUGAGGAAAGGCACGACGGCAACAGCAAUGGGAACCCCCGGCUGCCUCACCUGCCCGCGGUCAGCCAGCACCUCUACAGCCCGUCUCCCUCCCUCUCACAUUCGGCCAGUUCGGACUUCCAGCCCCCGUACUUCCCGCCUCCCUACCAGCCCAUCUCCUACCCGCAGUCCAGCGACCCUUACUCGCACCUCGGCGACCCUUUCAACAUCAACUCCAUACACCAGUCGCCGUCGUCGAACCAGCAGCAAUGGCCCGGGCGGCAGGGCCAGGAGGGCCUCGGAGCGCACGGGAGGAGCGGGCUGGCGAGUCAGAUCCUGGGCCUGGAGGGAGGCUCGUCCGGGGUGAGGAGGGAAGGGUUCCGGCGGCCGGAGCUGCUGCCUCCACAUGUGCACGGCAUAGAGUCGUCGGUUAUUGGUGAUAACAUGGGGAUGCACGACAUGGGGCACGGGAUGGAGGAUGUUCAACAUGUAGAUGACCACAGUAUUAUUAUGGCAGAUCAGACAGUCAUCAAAAAAGUAUUAGGACUACGAGGUGGCAGGAACCUUGAUCGCUUACAGAGGACUUAUUAUCAGGGGGGCAUUCUUGCGGGUCCUGUCACUCUUCCCAAAGGCAACGCGCUGGGUCUUCCGUUCCAGAAAGAGUCCCUGCUGGGCAUGGUGUCGAACCCCACAGAGGUUUUCUGCUCCGUACCGGGCCGUCUUUCCUUGCUGAGCUCCACAUCCAAGUACAAGGUUACCGUGGCUGAAGUCCAGAGACGUCUAUCACCCCCUGAGUGCCUCAACGCAUCGCUCCUGGGAGGGGUUUUACGCAGAGCCAAGUCAAAAAAUGGAGGUCGCUCUCUGAGAGAGAAGCUGGAUAAGAUUGGACUCAACCUGCCUGCAGGAAGAAGGAAGGCAGCGAAUGUCACUCUGCUUACCUCACUAGUAGAAGGUGAAGCUGUUCAUUUAGCCAGAGACUUUGGUUACGUGUGUGAGACAGAGUUCCCUGCAAAGGCAAUUGCUGAAUACCUGGGCAGGCCACACGUGGAACGCAACGAGGUUAACUCUCGCAAGAACAUGCUGCUUGCUGCCAAGCAAAUCUGCAAGGAGUUCACUGACCUGCUCACUCAGGACCGUUCACCUCUGGGAAACUCGCGGCCGGCCCCCAUCAUGGAGCCUGGAAUCCAAGGCUGCCUGACCCACUUCAGCCUCAUCACUCACGGCUUUGGCUCUCCGGCCAUCUGCGCCGCCAUGACCUCGCUUCAGAACUACCUGAACGAGGCCCUCAAACAAGUGGACAAGAUGUACCUGAGCUCUGGUAGCGACACCCAGGGAUCCUCAGACAGUGGGAGCAAAUCUACCGACAAAAUGGACAAGCACAGGAAAUGAGAGCUCAGAGGAGAAUCCUUAUGAACUUGAGAACCCCCCCGACUCCCUUAAUCUCGCCACCCUGUCUGCCCUUUUUGGACUUUUUUCAAAUCAAUAUUGAUUGAUAAGUAUUGUCAUUUUGAGAGCUGAAUUUGUGUGUGAAUGUGUGAGUGUGUGUGUGUGUACUCGCACUGUUAUAUUUUUGUUGAGAAGUUGAUGAUUUCCAAGAACCAUUCACAGCUGGCUACAAAUCAGUCCGCACCUACGGUGAACGCCUGUGCACUGGUCCUAAUGGGAGCCCACCUCAUGAGCGCGUAAAAUACAACAUAUCACACCAACUGCAGUUCCAUACAGUUGCCAAUGUGCUGAUGCUACAACUACGGGACCUGCUGUCUGUUGACAAGAGGAAAAGAACAAAGUCGGUACUGUUUUUUUCUCCCUAGAGGACAUCAUUUCAAGAUGAGUUGCUGUGGCUGUGAAUUCCUCUCAGCUCCCCUCCCCACCUCCUCCUGCUCUGUCUGGAGGCAAAUCCACUGAUUUCCUGUGUCUCAAUAGACUUGCAAAGGACAAUUUUUAUAUGAGAAAGAGAGAGAAGAAAAUCCACUUCAUUUUCUUUCUUUCUUUUUUUUUUGUGUGCUUGAUUUGUACGACCACUUCAAAAUGGCUCCAGUGUUAUUGUGCUUUGUUCACGAAAGAUGAUUUGAAUCUUAUGUAGGCCUGAAUGAAAAUGAGAAAAGAUGAUUUUUGGUUUUUCAGUCUGUGUUUGGUCAGAAACCAGAGACUUUACAGCCUCUUCAGUGUUCAUGUGAAUUACAGGCGUAGCAAUGCUUGCAUUGUUACUCUCUCUUUAAAACCUGGCGGCGUUAUUUUUGUGACCACGUUAGGUACUCAUCAUUCUUAGUAUUUAAAAAAAACCCAAGUUACCAUCAACCUACCAAUCACUUCAGCCCUGCCAGAGUGUGUGUACGUCGUGAGAAUGAGUGUAAAUGUAUAUAUUUCUUUCUUUAAAAAUGUUUUUAAUUAGACAUUAAAUUCCAAACAUAGAAUUUUAUCCAGCGUCUCGUCCUGGAUGUAAAUAUUUUCUAAUUUAUGUUGUAAUUUAAUGGGCUUGUGUAAAUAAUGGUAUCAUUCUGGUGUAUGGUUUCACUUUUUAUGAUGAUGUGUUCAACUUUUAUAAAUGGGUUAGUUUUUUAUCGAGUAGAGGUUAGGAAGUGGGCAUGAUAUACUUUUCUGAGAAUAUGUAAAAAAAAACAACUGUUUUAAAGUUUCAGGAAAAAAUAAAAAUAAAAUGAAAGACUGA